AUGGCUGCGUUCUUUUCCCGUCUACCGUCGAUACCGUACCCGCCUGAACAAGAUGGGUUCUUCUCCCCGGUCACCUCUACUCUCGAUUGGUGUGAAGAGAAUUAUGUAGUCACGCAGUACUCUGCGGAGAUUAUCAACACGCUCACGAAUCUGCUGUUCAUGUACCUCGCUGCAAAAGGCAUACGCAAUUGCUUGAAGAAUGGACAUGACACCGUCUUUCUCGUGGCGUUUAUUGGCUAUCUACUGGUUGGAACUGGGAGCUUUCUCUUUCACGCGACAUUGAAAUAUCCUAUGCAGUUGGUAGACGAGCUUUCGAUGAUCUACACAACUUGCUUGAUGAACUUUGCGACGUUCUCUUAUGGCAAGUCAAGGCUGUACUCUACGGUUCUUGCAAUUGGGCUUGUGUCUCUUGCCGCCUUCAUUACGCUCUACUACCACUUCCUCCAGGACCCCACCUUCCAUCAGAACGCCUAUGCGAUUCUCACAGCGAUUGUCCUGUUCCGCGCCAUGUAUGUAAUGGAGGUGAACAUCCGCCCGCGCUUCAAGUCCAAGGAGAGGGAAGCAGCGAACCCGCGGCCGCACGGAGGUGUAAAGGCGGUACAAGAGAGAGAAGACGUGCGCGACCAGGAAAUUCUCAGUAAGAUGUGGCAGAUGAUUGGAUUCGGCCUCAGCAUCUUCCUGGGAGGCUUUGCUGUCUGGCACCUCGACAACGUGCAUUGCUCGCAGUUGAUCCAGUGGCGAAGGGAGAUUGGUAUGCCCUGGGGUUUCGUGCUCGAGGGUCACGGCUGGUGGCAUCUCAUGACGGGAACUGGAGCCUACUACUACAUUGUAUGGGGCGUAUGGCUGCGACACUGCCUCAACUACAGACAGGACGAGUAUGAGCUUUACUGGCCAAACUUCUGGACGAUGCCGCAGGUUGUCAAGCGACAGGCAGGUGGUCAUGCAAAUGGCUCAACGAAGAAGGAGCUAUAG